ACUAUUCUUUUAUUGGAUAUUGGACGUCGGACAUCGACGCGGUGUGAAUCCUGCAUUAGAAUUCGCGUUGAUGUUUAGUCCACAAAAGGUUAAAAGGGCCAAAGACGCAGGUGCACGCAGGCCUGCGACAAAAACAGAGAGUCCACAGAAGAAGGAAAACAAGGUGCUUUAAAAUAUUAUAAAGUAUUUAAAGUCAAUUUAAGUCAUCAUUUCUGUCAAGAGACAGAAAUGGAGACGAUAUUAGAGCAGCAACGACGAUACCACGAAGAGAGGGAACGACUGAUGGAUGCAAUGGUAAAGGAGAUGUUGCAUAAAAAAGCUGGGCAUCGUGAGAAUAUAAACUCGGAACAUCGACUGAAAAUGCUGCUCGAUCAAUAUACAGACAGUACAACGCAUUUGCAAGAUUUAUAUGAAGAUAAGGAUGGACAGAGGAAAGAAGAGGUUCAAGCGCUCUCUGGUCCAAAUGAAUUCUCAGAAUUUUAUUCACGCUUGAAAUCUAUAAAGGAAUUCUAUCGGCGACAUCCUAACGAAAUUAGUGUUCCCAUGUCUGUCGAAUUUGAGGAGUUAGCUAAGAUGAGGGAGAAUCCAACAGAGGAGUUGUCCAAUCUUGUUGAGUUUACAGAUGAGGAAGGUUACGGAAAGUAUCUUGAUCUUCAUGAAUGUUAUCAGAAGUAUAUCAAUCUCAAAGGGAUAGAAAAGAUUGAUUAUAUAACUUACCUGUCAACAUUCGAUCAUUUGUUUGAUAUUGCUCGAGAGAGGAAGAAUGCAGAAUAUCAAAGAUAUGUUGAGUCUCUCCUAGGAUAUCUGACAGAUUAUUUGAGCAGAGUGAGGCCUCUGUUGGAUAUAAGCAUGGAGAUUGAAGAAGCCAACAAGGACUUUCAAAUUCACUGGGAGAAGAACACAUUCCCUGGCUGGCCGAAGGAGGCUGGAAGUGCUUUGACUCACGUGGGAGCACAUUUGGAGUUGUCUGCGUUUUCAUCGUGGGAAGAACUCGCGUCCCUUGGUUUGGACAGAUUGAAGUCAGCCUUGAUGGCGUUGGGUCUUAAAUGUGGAGGCACCCUCGAGGAACGUGCCCAGAGACUCUUCAGCACGAAGGGCGAGGCUUCCUUGGACCCCAAUCUAUUGGCUAAGAAUCGGAAGGGCAAGUCAGCCAAGGGUAGAGAUUCCGAGAAGCAAAAGGAUAUCGCGCGGCUCGAGUCCCACGUGUACAGACUCGCGGAAUUGGUGUCUGGACAACGAGUGGCCACGAAGGAGAACGUGCAGAGGAAGCAGGCGAGAACCGAAGGCGAGAGGGGAGAUUCCGACGCGGAGGCGAGCGCGAGCGAGUCGGAGGAGGAGGAUGACAACGAGGUGCCCUACAACCCGAAGAAUCUACCCUUGGGAUGGGACGGCAAGCCGAUACCUUACUGGCUGUAUAAACUGCACGGCCUGAAUAUCAGUUACAACUGCGAGAUCUGCGGCAAUUUCACAUACAAGGGCCCGAAGGCAUUUCAGAGACAUUUCGCGGAAUGGAGACACGCGCAUGGCAUGCGUUGUCUCGGCAUUCCGAAUACGGCGCAUUUCGCCAAUGUUACUCAGAUCGAAGAUGCUCUCGCUCUAUGGGACAAGCUCAAGGCUCAGAAACAGGCCGAGCGUUGGCAGCCGGAGCAGGAAGAGGAAUUCGAGGAUUCUCUUGGCAAUGUGGUCAAUCGCAAAACAUACGAAGAUCUCAAAAGGCAGGGUUUGCUGUAAUUAUACGAAAGUGUCACUGGAAUUGAAUCCAUCACGAGGUUUGGUUGUCAAUUGUCUACUUUUUACAAUUAUCUCUCAUUGACUUAGAAGUCUAAUAAAGCGUUUAAUAUUCAUGAGA